GGGUUCUUUUGUAUGUCUUUGCAUGGUGAUCGCACUCAACAAUAAAGAGAUUAUGUCAUGAAGGAAUUCAAAUCUUCAAGAUGCAAAUUGUUAUGUGCUACUGAUGUCGCAUCAAGGGGACUUGAUGUAAGAGACAUUAGUUUAGUAAUCAAUUACGAUUUCCCUAAUUAAAUUGAUAAUUAUGUCCACAGAAUUGGUAGAACAGGAAGAGCUGGUGAUAAGGGAAGAAGUAUCACUAUGAUCACUUUGGAUACUAUGGAUCCCAGAAUAGCCAAAUAAUUAGUUGAUCUAUUAAAAGAUUCAGAAUAGGUUGUAAAUGAUGAUCUAUAUGAUUUUGCUUAUUCAAAACCAUAUUAAAAGGGUAAGAGACCCAAUCAAAGAAAAAAGAAUAAUGAUAAACCUAUAACUCAAACCAAAAACACAAACACAAAUAACACCAAUUUCAAUACCUAAUAAUAGCAGUAGAAGUAAUUCAAUUUGAAAGCAUCUUCUCCUGUUAAAUAAUCAACAUCAUCGAUGCCCCCUCCCCCAGAAUUGAAGAAAGCCUUUUCAGAUGCUCCGGUAUUUGGUUUUUUCAAUUCAAAAAAAGAAUGACAUUAACAUAUUUAGAAUUCAAUCAUAUCAAAAUUAUUUA